AUGGAGGGGGACAGUGGCUUCAUCACUGUUCAGAAGGUCUACUACCCUUUGCUGUGCAUUCUGGGGAUCCCAGCCAAUCUUUUCACGUUCUACGUGAUCUGCUUCCGGAAGUGUGGAAUGUCUGACACGGCCAUCAUCUACCUAAGCUGCUUGGCCAUCGUGGACACCUUCUACCUGGUGUGGGUCAUCCUGCUGGACCUGACGCUCACCUUCUGGCAGCUUCAGCCUUUCUGGCACUCCCACCCGGCCUGCGGCAUUAUGGGCUUCCUGCAGUACGGCUCCCUAUACAGCUCUUCCUGGAUCGUGGUGGUGUUUACCAUCGAACGCUACCUGGUCCUGAGCAGCACGUCCGCCAAGCAGCACUUCUCCCAGGCCAAGGUUACUAGGCUGACCUGUGUGUCUAUCAUCCUGGUCUCCCACCUGGCCUCCGUGCCCAUGGGCUGGAUCAACGUGGUGACGCCGAAGAAUUUCACCAUAGAGGGGAAGAAUGUGACUCUGCCCUGGUGUCGCUACAGGGGCCAUAUCUAUUCUACUGUCCUGGUGUGGGUCACUACGUUCCUCUCCGGUGGCAUCCCCAUCAUCCUGGUCAUCAUCUUCAACUCGCUGAUCGGCCACCACCUGACCCGUGCCAGAAAGCUGUUUACCAAGGAGGAGCGGCGGGUCAUGCGGGGGGGGAGCACCAAGGGCAUGGUGCGGAGGACCAUCUUCCUGCUGGGCACAGUGUCUGUGACCUUCGUGGUGCUCAGCCUGCCACGCUUCGUCACCUACUGCAUCCUGCGCACCAAGUACAACCACGACUGGUUCGACCGGAACGACUACCGCAUUCCCAUCAACUUGAUUAGUGACCUGGCCAACAUGCUGCAGAACCUCAACUCCAGCACCAACUUUCUGCUCUACUGCAUGGUGAGCCGACGCUUCCGCCAGGAGCUGCUCCACACUCUCACCUGCAAGUCCAAGGCCCGAGAGUUGGGCUCCUUCCUCACCCAGACCACAAUGAAGGUGUUCUCUCUGGUGGACCAUAAAGUACCGCCGACCAGAGACCCCAUCACUGUAGUCCUCACCAACCUCAAACAGACCCAGUAGAGAGGAGGAGAAUGGGGGGGAAAGGACAAUGAUGUGUAUAA